UUUUUUUGCUCAGCUGUAAGAGGUGUUUCUAUCGGUGGCGCAGCAGUGUACAGUGGCCUUCGGGGAAGAGGGUUUUUUCUGUUCGUUGACGUUGUUCUGUUCUGUUCAGUUUGGAAUCAGUCAAGUUUUGGGAGUCGCUGCCGCUGCCGUCAACAUGUCGGUCCCAAGCUCACUCAUGAAACAACCGCCCAUUCAGUCUACGGCUGGGGCCGUCCCGGUUCGCAAUGAGAAAGGUGAGAUUUCGAUGGAAAAAGUGAAGGUAAAACGUUAUGUGUCGGGAAAGAGGCCAGACUAUGCCCCUAUGGAGUCCUCAGAUGAGGAGGAUGAAGAAUUUCAGUUCAUUAAGAAAGCCAAAGAACAAGAAGCAGAGCCUGAGGAACAGGAGGAGGAUUCAUCUAGCGACCCUCGGCUACGGCGUUUGCAGAACCGUAUUAGUGAAGAUGUGGAGGAGAGAUUGGCUCGACAUCGGAAAAUAGUGGAACCUGAAGUGGUUGGAGAAAGUGACUCCGAAGUGGAAGGAGAUGCUUGGCGCAUGGAACGAGAAGAUAGCAGUGAAGAAGAAGAGGAAGAGAUUGAUGAUGAGGAAAUAGAACGGCGCCGUGGCAUGAUGCGUCAACGAGCGCAGGAGAGAAAAAAUGAAGAGCUCGAAGUCAUGGAGGUGGAAGAUGAGGGACGUUCUGGGGAGGAGUCAGAAUCAGAGUCUGAGUAUGAAGAGUACACAGACAGUGAAGAUGAGAUGGAGCCUCGCCUUAAGCCAGUUUUCAUUCGGAAGAAGGACCGGGUAACAGUUCAGGAACGUGAGGCUGAAGCAUUGAAACAGAAGGAGCUGGAGCAGGAGGCCAAACGCAUGGCUGAGGAGAGGCGCAAGUACACACUCAAGAUUGUAGAAGAGGAGACCAAGAAAGAGCUGGAGGAGAACAAGCGGUCCCUGGCUGCACUGGAUGCACUCAAUACUGACGAUGAAAAUGAUGAGGAGGAAUAUGAGGCGUGGAAAGUUCGGGAGCUGAAGAGAAUCAAGAGGGACAGAGAAGAUCGAGAAGCGCUUGAAAAGGAGAAAGCAGAAAUUGAACGCAUGCGAAACCUGACUGAGGAAGAGAGGCGAGCUGAGCUUCGGGCAAAUGGCAAAGUCAUUACCAACAAAGCUGUUAAGGGCAAAUAUAAGUUCUUACAGAAGUAUUAUCACCGGGGUGCCUUCUUCAUGGAUGAGGAUGAAGAAGUAUACAAGAGAGAUUUCAGCGCACCUACCCUGGAGGAUCAUUUCAACAAAACCAUUCUUCCCAAAGUCAUGCAGGUCAAGAACUUUGGACGCUCUGGUCGUACCAAAUACACCCACCUCGUGGAUCAAGACACCACCUCCUUUGACUCAGCAUGGGGCCAAGAGAGUGCCCAGAACACAAAGUUCUUUAAACAAAAGGCAGCUGGGGUACGAGAUGUAUUUGAGCGGCCAUCUGCCAAGAAGCGGAAAACUACUUAGAGUUCAACUACUUAUUCUUCCAACUGUGGGACACAAGAGGAAAUCUCAGCAUCUGGUCCUUGAUUUGUUUUUACUACUAUUUACAUGGGCCCUGUAUCCAGCCUGCUGAGCCUACUGCCAUACUUGUGACACUGGGCAAACCUAGUCUUUGAAGGUGCUUUGUGAGGUUUGGACUCAUGCCGAGAAACCUGCAGAAAAGCACUGUCCAGGUAGGAUUAGAGGCUCCCCACUUAGGACUAUUUCUGAGAACUCUUCAACUUCAUUACUGCUCUGGCUUCCCAUAUUCACUUGGGACUAUUCCAGGUUUCUUUUUCCAACCCUUAGCUUGGGUUAGAAAAAUGGAUGGGCAUGUAAGCAGACAAUGCAUUACUUCUACCAUACAGGAAAUCUAAGCUCAUUGAAACCUGUUCUGCAUUUUUGGGGUAAAUUUUUCUAGAUGAACAUUACUUUUUGAUCCAUUUAUGUGUGUGUGUGUCAAGAAAUAAAAGAAUCAUACACCAAGAGGUUUUUUAGCAUACCAGAAAUAAAAUGUGCAGGCUGACAAUUAUCUACCUAUUAACUAAAAUAAAAGACAGCAGGGAAUUGCAGGCAAAUGAUGUUUCACAUUUUAAUCAUCCCCUUUGAUCUCAGAAACCAGCACAGAUGCUAGACAGGCUGUAUUGUAAGUGGCACCUAGAUUUAUUCCAUGAGCAAAUGUGUAUGUGGUUGUCCUUGCUGUCUAAACUGUAGCUGUAUAUAGAACAAAACAGGACACAUGAAAUGAGGAAUCCAUGUAGCAUACUAGUAUCUUCUCCUUGCCCAGCUCAUAUAUCGAGGGCACAGUGCUGAGUUGGCAAUGUAACGACAACAUGCUAGACGUCACUGGCAGAGUUAAAUUUAAUUUUUCCAUUUAAUAUUUACCACAUGACCACUGUGCAUGUGGCAGAGCAUUAGGAGUCCCAGGGGUUAUAAGGAAUGACAUUUAACCAGUGGGAAGACUAUCUCUAAAUUGCAUUAAAAAAUGAGAAGGGGGGGACUUCCUUGGUGGCACAGUGGUUAAGAAUCCGCCUGCCAAUGCAGGGGACACGGGUUUGAGCCCUGGUCCGGGAAGAUCCCACAUGCUGCGGAGCAACUAAGCCUGUGUACCACAACUACUGAGCCUGCGCUCUAGAGCCCACGAGCCACAGCUACUGAGCCCACAUGCUGCAACUACUGAAGCCCACGCGCCUAGAGCCCGUGCUCCACAAGAGAAGCCACUGCAAUGAGAAGCCUGUGCAUUGCAACCAAGAGUAGCCCCUGCUCGCCACAACUAGAGAAAGCCCGCGUGCAGCAACGAAGACCC